UUUAUCCAUUUGGUAGUAUGUGAACAUAACCUGACUGCUAGCUGAUCUACUAUGAAGUGAAAAGGCUUUAUUUAAUUUCGAAACGUGUGGUCACGUCAAAGAUAAUCGGAUCUUGAACUAAGUUGAAAUGUUUACAUGUAGACAGCUAGCCGUCAUCGCUUUUAUACUGACUGACUAGCCUGACUAUUGUGAAGCAGGGCCAGUCAAGAUGGACACCGCUGAGGAAGCGGACAUCUGUCGGGUAUGCCGGUCAGAGGGCAGCCAGGACAAGCCGCUCUACCAUCCCUGUGUCUGCACUGGUAGCAUCAAGUUUAUCCAUCAGGAAUGCUUACUGCAGUGGUUGAAACACAGCAGAAAAGAAUACUGUGAAUUAUGCAAACACAGGUUUGCAUUUACACCAAUCUACUCUCCUGACAUGCCAUCUCGCUUGCCUGUCCAGGACAUCUGUGCAGGGCUGGUCACCAGUAUUGGAACAGCCAUUAGAUACUGGUUCCACUACACACUGGUGGCCUUUGCCUGGCUAGGCGUGGUGCCUCUCACAGCAUGUCGUAUCUACAAGUGUGUAUUUACUGGCUCUGUGAGCUCUCUCCUUACUCUGCCAUUAGAUAUGCUUUCAACGCAAAACCUGCUUGCAGACUGCCUUCAGGGCUGUUUUGUGGUCACUUGCACGCUGUGCGCCUUCAUCAGCCUGGUGUGGCUUAGAGAGCAGAUUGUCCACGGUGGCGCCCCUCAGUGGUUAGAGCAAAAUCCACCCCCUCUAGUUCCUAACCAGCCUGACGGUCCUGCACCAGCUAAUGAGGUUCCAGGUGGUAACAUUGGCGUCAACGCCCAGGCUGCUGCAGACGUCGCAGAAGCCCAGCACCCUGCAGACCCUGCCCCAGACGGUCUGGCACCGGCCAACCCGCAUGAAGCUGGCCACCACGGAGACGAGGCUGAACUGGACGAUGAGGAAGAAGAUGACGAUGGGGAGGAGGAGGACGACGACGAGGAGGAUGACGAUGAGGAAGGCAGGGACGAGGAUGCUGCUGACGCCAAUAAUGGAGGACAAGAAGAUUUGAACUGGAACGCCCUGGAGUGGGACCGUGCAGCAGAGGAGCUGACCUGGGAAAGGAUGCUGGGGCUGGAUGGCUCCCUAGUUUUCUUGGAGCAUGUGUUCUGGGUGGUGUCUCUCAACACACUCUUCAUCCUGGUCUUUGCUUUUUGCCCGUAUCACAUCGGCCAUUUCUCAGUGGUUGGACUGGGCUUUGAAGACUAUGUCAAAGCGUCACACUUUGACGGCCUCGUCACCACCAUACUGGGGUACAUCCUCCUGGCUGGAGCUCUCAUAGUCUGCCAUGCGUUGGCUUCAUUAGUGAAGUUCCAGCGGCCCAGACGCCUCUUGGGUGUCUGCUACAUUGUUGUCAAGGUGUCCCUGCUGGUUGUCAUGGAGAUCGGCUUGUUCCCACUGAUUUGUGGUUGGUGGCUCGACAUUUGCUCGCUGGAGAUGUUUGAUGCGACUCUAAAAGACAGGGAGCAGAGUUUUGACGCAGCCCCAGGUACCACCAUGUUCUUCCACUGGCUGGUCGGCAUGGUCUACGUCUUCUACUUCGCCUCCUUCAUCCUUUUGCUCAGAGAGGUGCUUCGGCCAGGUGUGCUGUGGUUCCUGAGGAACCUGAACGAUCCAGACUUCAACCCAGUUCAAGAGAUGAUCCACCUGCCCAUUUACAGACACCUGCGGAGGUUUAUUCUCUCUGUGGUGGUGUUUGGCUCUAUAGUUCUGCUGAUGCUUUGGCUUCCUAUCAAAAUCAUCAAACUGCUCUUUCCGACCUUCCUGCCCUACAACGUCAUGCUUUACAGCGACGCACCGGUCAGCGAGUUGUCAUUGGAGCUGCUGUUGCUUCAGGUUGUCCUGCCGGCAUUGCUGGAGCAGGGUCACACUCGCCAGUGGCUCAAACGGCUCGUCCACGCCUGGACGUUCACAGCCGGAUACAUGCUUGACCUUCACUCCUACCUGCUGGGGGACCAUGAAGACGACGACAACCAACCAAACAACAACGCUCCCGGUCGCCAUAACAACAACAGGAUCCCUGGCCUGGGGGAGGGUCUUCACGCUGCCCAUCAGGCCAUUCUGCAGCAGGGCGGUCCUGUUGGUUUCCAGUCGUACCACCGGCCCCUCAACUUCCCCCUCAAGAUCAUUCUGCUGGUAGUCUUUAUGUGCGUGGCGCUGUUACUGGCUAGUCUGAUCUGCCUUACACUGCCGGUGUGUGCAGGUCGCUGGCUGAUGUCUUUCUGGAUGGGCAAUGCCAUGGUUCAUGAGCUGUACACCGCGGCCAGCGGUCUGUACAUCUGCUGGCUGUCCAUUCGAGCCGCCACCGUGAUGCUGUCCUGGAUGCCACAGGGGCGGACCAUGAUCAUGCUCAAAGUCCACGAGUGGACGCUCAUGAUCCUUAAGACCCUGGUGGUGGCCGUGCUGUUAGCCGGGGUGAUUCCUCUGCUGUUGGGUCUGCUGUUUGAGCUGGUCAUCGUUGCUCCUCUCAGAGUCCAGCUGCACCAGACGCCUCUCUUCUACCCCUGGCAGGACUGGGCACUGGGAGUGCUCCAUGCUAAAAUCAUCGCUGCCAUCACACUGAUGGGCCCUCAGUGGUGGCUCAAAACCGUCAUCGAGCAGGUGUAUGCUAACGGUAUCCGAAACAUUGACCUCAAUUUCAUCGUGCGAGGGCUGGCCGCCCCAGUCAUAUGCGUCCUGCUGCUGUCUCUCAGUGUUCCCUACACUAUCUCUAAAGGCAUUACACCACUGCUGGGUGUGCAGCCAGAGAUGCAGAUGCUGGUGGAUAGGAGGAUCUAUCCCUUCCUGCUGAUGGUGGUCAUACUGUUGGCCAUCCUGUUCUUCCAGAUACGACAGUUCAAACGCCUCUACGAACACAUCAAGAAUGACAAAUACCUGGUUGGACAGCGACUGGUGAACUAUGAACGUAAGACAGGCAGGAGGGCGUCCAGCUCCUCACACAGCCCCUCCUCAUAGACCUGCCACUGCUUUGGGAUCAGUGGAUCCGACUAGCAUCAGCUCCUGUGGUGAAACCUUUUUUUUUUUUUUUUUUUUCCUCCGUGCUCGGCUGUCAAUUGCCAACUUCAAACACAACCUCUAAACUUUUGACUGCAGCCUCGACUUCUUAGUCACCGACAUCUACUGCUGUCACAGGUUGGGACACAAAGACGUUGAAGAGUGAAAAGACAAAAUAGUCUCAAAACUUUUUUGUGGAAAUUUCUUUUUUGAAUUUCUGAACAUGGUUGUGAACCAACAUGCAAUAACAGUCCAUUUUGACUGUCCAUCCUGUUUAAUGUGUCCGUCUUUUUUCUUCAACGCAGCUGACAUUUUAAGUUGUAAUUCUAUUAUUUUAAAAUAGGUUUGAGUUGAAGUCGGGUCAGUUGAGCAUAGAGUUUGCAUCAGAUUGUGCUUCCGUUUGAAUGCUUGUUGUGAAAUAUUGUCUUGAUUGUCUCUUAAUAGGACGUGUUUGAAAGUUUCAGAGCUGUAGAGGCGAUAUGUUAACUAUCACAGGAACGCCUCUCUGGUUCUAUUUCAUUUGUCGAUUUGCCUCAAAUGACACCCUUCAGCAAAUUGAGGUCGUCUGUGAUAAGGAGGGACACGCAUGAAGUAGCAACGUGAUUUGUUUUUUAAUUAUUUUAUUUUUGUAGAUGUUUUUAUUAGACGUGUUUUCAUUGAUUUUUAGUGUUACAUUUCUGGAGUGAGCUGUUGGAUAGAAUUCCUAUGAAGUAAAGAUAUAAGAUAGAAAGUAACAAAAUAAGAAGAAAAGGAAUUUUUUUGACAAUCUGGAAACAGCCCGACAUGUUUUUUUUCUUUCUUUUUUCUUCUUUUUUUCUUAAGAUGUUCUCAUGUGAAUUUUAAACAGUCUGGGUUGUGUAAUACCUCUUUGAGCAUAUCCACCUUCAGGAGAGGAGAGGUCAUUAAGUGAAGUUUCAACUACGAAUAUUUAAACUGGAAGAACAUUUCAGAAUGUGCCUGUUACACCCUUAGACUGAUAAUGAUUUUACAGAAAUAUUUAUUCUGACAAAAUUUAGAGAAUAGUCAUGCUGCUAAUCAGCUGUUCAGACUCUUACAUGUCUGCAAACGCUUAGGAGGCAACAGCGAAAAACAACUGUAUGAACAACAAAACACUGAUUUUUAUUGGUGGGGGAAAGUGACUCUUGUGGACUACAGUAUAGUGACUGAUAACUGACUGGCAAACUACAGUUGACCAAUCUCAGUUUGCGCAAGGGAGUGCCGGUAAUCUAACGGAGUACCAAGCACUAGAUAAAAUGCAGGAAAUUGGUUGGCGGAUGUAUCUUUUACUUUUUGCUAAAACUCAGAAGAAUUUCCUUUUUUUUUUCUAUACUGUGACGUUGCUCUCAUUAAUCAUUCAAUCGAUCGCUGCCACCUGCUGAGCUGAAUCAUAUCGAUCCAAUCUCAUCUUUAAUCAAUUUAGUUAGUACGACAGCGGAACAGGUCGCCUACCGAAAUGCAGUGUGAAGAUUUCAAAUUACAUUUCACAAAACAUUAUUACGAGCUGAAUGAUCUGCUGUGUAGCGUUGGUUAGAUUAGUAUAAUCGGAUGUUUGUCGCUCGUUCUAAAUCGCGCUGAAUACUACCAACUCUGAAAAACCACGUUUGUCCAUGUAUGCAGAUAUAAUUUAAAACAAAAUCAUAUCUACAUUUACACAGGAUUGGCAGUUUAAUAUAGAUUAUCCCUUAAAACUGUUUUGUUCCUGCUAUGCUACAGUACAGCGACUCUCUGUUUACAUAGUUGAUUGCUUUUGAUUGGAGAAGCAUGGAGCUACAAUUGUUUCCUAGCUAUCGGUUUUAACAUCACUGAUGUCUUUACCACAUUCCUUACGUUGUAAUGGUGCAACCUAUUUUAGUAAAUUACAAGGGAUAAAACUGUUGUGUUCUUUCUAAGAACGUACGGAGGACUUUUCACACAAACUUAAGGAAGGAGUAGCUGGUGCAACCCAGUCCUGCCGGCCUUUUUUCCUGCAGCUUAAAGUUGUAUUUCAUAAAUAAUAAUUUGUUAACACCUGCACGCCUUCUCUAAGAUACACUACUCCAAUAUUUAGCAACCUGAAAGAAAUCCAAGGGAAAUCAAAAGACUCUCUUUGAUCUACUUGUCUGUUUAAUAAUGGACAAGUGUGUUGCCCUCAGUCCGCUCAACUAAUGGCUAAUGUCUUUAAAGCAGUUUAGGGAAAUGAGGGGGAAUUGAAUGUGCCAUUAUCCUGUAAUCACCACUAGUGUCCACAGUGGCUGCUGUUCAGCACAAGUUACAUAGUCUACCUAUUAAAGCAACACUAAAGAAUUUUUCCCGCUUCGGUCCCCCUACAGGUUGGAAGCAGAAUUGUCCAUUACAUUACAUUAUGCAACUUUGCCAGAUCAGGUAGCGGAUCUGUAGUUCGAAUGAACUGGACGAUGUAAUGUAAUGGACAAUUCCGCUUCCAACCUGUAGGGGUACUGAAGCGGGAUAAGUUCUCUAGUGUUGCUUUAAACAGGGCCGUCUCUUCCAUACUGUUCUGUCUCUUCUCUGGCACAUCACUCCAGGUGCUCAAACUGAUGAGCUGUAGCUGACUCAAAGAGAUCCUUUAAAAUCAACUCUCUACUUCAGCUCUUCACGGCUGGUGCUCCGAUUUAACUGAAGGUUGACACUGACACGGUGUUUGAAAGAAUCGGUCUCUUUGAGCUGUCACUGUAGCUCAGGGAGUCAUGUUUCCUACAUGUCUUCAAAGGUUUGUCUCGAGCUCAAUCUUAAACUCAGAACAGAAGUGCAUGAAAUGAUGUGUGUCUCUAAACCCAGCAAAAAUAUUGCAACCACAAGAUAAUGCAUAGAAACGAGAGGCGGCACAUUAAUAAUCAAAAUGUUGGUUCACCAAUUUACAGGAAUAGGUCAACAGUACGCGAAUACGAGAGUUAGAUGAAAAGAUCAAUACCAUAGUCGUAUCUGUACAUUUAAAUAUGAAGCUAGAGCCAGGAGAUGGUUAGCAUAGCUUAGCAUAAAUACUGGAAACAGGGAAAUGGCUAGCCUGGCUCCGGCCAAAUGUAACAAAAUACAUACCCGCACCUCUAAAGCUCACUAUUUAACACGUUAUGUCUCGUCUGUACAAAAAUUGUUGGUUUCACAAAGGAUUACGUACUGGAACUAUUUCUUGAUAGGGGGGGCAGUGACUCCCUGGAGUCUCCGCUGGUUGCCUGGCAACCUCAACACUUCCCAAAAUGUCAAAACAAUCGCUUUAAGGUUCCAAACACUUUGCUUUCUACAACCACUUAAACUCCCAAAGCACUAUUUGCAUGGGAAUGUAAAGUCGGUGUCUUAAUCGCAGAGUGCGAUCACGCAAGUGAGAUAUUUGGAAUACAACAGUUCUCCUCUGCUCCACAACCCCCAAAAGUUAGUCCCUUCCUGUUUCUAUGAAAGUUUCACAAUUUUAGGUUAGAAGUUAUAUUCCUAGACCCACUACAGAACAAAACCAUCACAAUUAAACUCAAGAUUUUACGAGACGUUAACAUACUUCCGAUGACAGUAACGAGCCCCAGCCAUUCUUUUUAAACUGUUUGUUGCUGCUCCUAAACACCUGAGAGAGAAGUUUCAGAUGUUUUUAGAGAUCCUUUUUUUGGGGGACAAAAAUGGUCAAGUAGUAAUUAAGAUUUAUUUAGUUUUUUUUUUUCAUGCAAAUGUUUUAAUGUGCACUUUAUACCACAAUUUGCAAUCAUUUCAGAAUCCAUUCAUUGUAACACCGUCAACACUUGUUCUUUCCCUUUCACCGAGACUAAAACAUGUCAGGAUGUUACUGCGUUGACUCUGCACCGUGGGUUUACUUAAAAGAUGAAUUUCAGUUUUGCAUCCACUUUUGACACUGCAUUUGUGUGAGAACUUUUACAGUAGGAGUUUGACGAAUAUAACCUGCUUUUCUAUUGAUAUGGAUUGUGAAUUACAUUAACUUCAGUGCUGACAGCUGUAAUGCUGCUGUGUGGAAUGCUCACAUUAUAUAUAUAUAUAUAUAUAUAUAGUCUCGCUUUGCCAGACCCUCCUCCAAAGUGCGCUGAAGGAGGGUCUGGCUUAGGCCUGGCCGAUAUGAUGCUAUAAAGUGACCUUUAAGUAUCUUCGUGAACUGAGCUGGACACAUCAAAUUUUGGUCAUGAAUUUCAAUUUCUAGAAGCAAAUGAUUUCUAUUUUUAUAUGUGCAAAAACGGCAGUGCGUUUACUGUAACAAAGGUACACUCUAAAGUCUAUUAAUUGUUGGUUCAGUAAUAUGAAACAAAAUAAAUAGUUGAAAUGA